AUGGACGCCACCACCCAAGGGGUUGAGGCUGUGGCGGCCCUCCUCAAGGGAUUGAAGCCCCACUAUGCUAGCUUGGAUGAGCUCUUCGCCAGCCACGCCAACGAAGCUGGAGCUGUCGCCCAAGAUAAGCUGGAAAUCUUGCUGGGAGAAGAACUGCAGCUACCUCUUCUGGUCGUUCAGCGCUUGCUGGCUAUCUGCCCCUCGCAAGAAGUGCACUAUGUGGACUUUAUGCAAAACGUGAUUAUGGGCCACAUCGGCUUGGCCAUCCAGCAGCAAAAUGUCAAUCUGAGGGUGGUGUUCAAAGCCCACGACGAGCGGUCAUACGGCUAUUUGACACGUCAUCAAUUGGUGCUUUUGCUGCGCACUGUUGUUGACCUUCCUACACCAGACAUUGAUUUCCUUCUCAACCAGGUUGAUCCCAACAGUCGGGACAAAAUUCGUUAUGACCAAUUUGUUGCCAAGUUCUUGCGGUCAGAGACGCACCAGUUACGCCGGGAGGCCUGGAAGGUGGCCCACAAUCGGACUUUGCGUGCCGUAGUCGUCAUCACCCGACACGGCGCGCGCUUCCCUCUCAAGCCUUUUCCUCGUGACAACCAUUGGCCACAAGAGAAGGAAUUUUGGACCAACUAUGGCGGUCGCCUCACCCCAGUCGGCUGUCAGCAACACACCAAGUUGGGUGACAUGCUGCGUGCCAAGUACCUCGAGCGCGAUCAACUGUUGGAAGUGGAUGCUCCUAAUCUGUCAGAGCGUGUGGAAGUGUAUACUUCCAAUUCUGAUCGCACGUUGAUGUCAGCUCAGAGAACGGCAGCGCAAUCUACGGGUUCGCUCCGAGACUUUAUCGCGUAUCCGGAGCAUCGAAAGCGGCAGUGGAAAACGAAUCAGCAGUAUGUCACCUUUGGCAUGCCUCACCACUGUGUGUGUGUGUGUGUGUGUGAACGCCAAACAGCCUCCAUCCCCAUCCAUGUGGCCAGUGAAACUUACUCUCCACUCUUGCACGGAUUCAAAAGCAAUGCAGCAUACGAAACCAUCAAGGACGAUGUCUUUGAACGCGCCCCUGACUUUCGGGCCUGGGCAGAGGAGGAACGUUUUUGCCAGCUGGCUGAAAAGCUGUGGCAGAGCACGGGCUUUGAGAAGAUUGACCCCGAGAAGUCAAUGCGUAAACGCCUGCAGAGCUUCCAGUCUGUCUCACAGCAAAUCAAUAUCGAGCGCGCCCACGCCAUGGAGCUCUUGUUCAAUGCAGACGACGUCACGCUGGAUGUGGCGGACGAGGAGGCGCUGCGUCUCGUCGCCGACACUAUUUGUCGACUGCGAUAUUGCGGUUUGAACAACGAUGAUCAACGUCGCUUGGCUCGUCUCGCCGCAGGCACCUUGCCAAGUACAAUCAUCAACAGCUUCCAGUCGAUUGUAGAUGCCGAGGAACGAAAUGGCCGUUUGACAGUGUACAGCGCGCAUGACAACUCACUCAUGGCCAUGCUGGCACAACUGGGCUUCAAAGAUUUUCCGAUUCCCAGCUUUGCUGCCCACCUGUGCUUCGAGUUGCACGAGCCCGUGCCUGGGCAGUACCGCGUGCGUGUCCUCUACAAUCCCGAUCCAGAUGUGUUUGGAUUCGCAGACGAUGAGGCUGUGCUCCAAGGCUACAAGGAAACUGUUCAUCCAUGCCGGGUCCCGGGUCCUGGUCAAGUUUGCGAAUGGCUUCAGCGUGACUUUGGUGACAUGGAGUUUGAAGAGUUCAAGAAUAUUCUGAUGCUGGAUCGCCGAAGCUUUCCAGAUGAGCCAAGCUGGGUGGAGGCCACCUCAGGGGAUCCAUGGGCGCUCGAUGUGGAGCCCGUGGCUGUGCCCGGUACCACCCAACCGAUGUACAUGGUGGAUGGCGUUCCACGCUAUGUGCUCCGGCCAUUUGACAAGCAAGUGGCAGGCCAUGUUGAUACCAUUAUGCUCCUGGGUGACACCAAGCUUUGCAAACCGCUGAAUGAUCAAGAGCACGCAUUUUACAUGCUGCUCUUUGGUGAUGAACAGGAUGCAGCUGUGGUCCCGCGGACUGUGAGCCAGCCAUUUACGGCACAGGCAAAAGAGUUUUUAAAUGCUCACUUGGAUCAAGUACAGCUGUGGCGCGAUUGUUUGAAGCGAUGGAUGCCGCGCUAUUUUGGCACCAUUCACGUUCAGCAAGAGGACAUGCAAAUUGCUUCCUCAAACUCAACAUCUUCCCUUGCUGAAGCGACACCCAGUCGUCCCAAGUUUACACGGCGCUUUACUGUGAGCGUGCCCGAGUCUUACGCCUCGCCCGACCCAACUUCUUUCAAGGGGUUGCGCCGUUCCUCCAUCGGCUAUCCUGCUCUCCCGCUUGAGGAGGUGCCGAGUCAUGCCGAGGAUGCUGACAUGCUGGCCAUGAGCCACCGCGGGGUUGUGGUUGGCUGGGACAAACUGCUUUGGUUUUCUGAGAUGGUGCGUGACAGUGUCAGCACUCCACCUUUGGGCGAGCUGAAUUUGCGCGAGCACGUGGCCCAAGUGCUGCGCCCUACAGACGAGCGUCUAGCAAACAUUGCCUGGCCUCAGGUACCCGGCCAAGGGUUUGGCUUAGUCACCGAAAGUGACGCCAUCGUGCCACUCUACUUUGCAUCUCAAGUGCUGUGCCUCAAAUGGUACAAUGCAUGUCGCGGGUUGAUCAACAGCCUGCCGGAGGAAGAAGCUGCUCUCUAUGAGCCGUCCCUUGUGCGCGAAUCGACCAUCAGCUCCUUGGAAAAGGCUCUUCUUACACUCAAAGAGGCAGAGGAAUUUUUGGUGGCUACGCGAUUUGGCACCAAACCUGUCGAGCGCAAGCAAGCUUGGCCAAUGCGCACCAACAGCCUGCGCCAGGCCUCAAGUCAAGCCACCAAUUCAGCCCGCAAGCCGCGCGAACAACGUCACGUGUUUGUCGUUCUGGAAAACCUGCUGGUCACUUAUGAUGCACCAUGCAUCCUCGACCUCAAGCUGGGUACUCGCCAACACGGAGACGACGCCACUCCAGAAAAGCGGGCGCGCCAGCUAGCAAAAUGCCAGGCCACGACAUCCGGCUCACUUGGCAUUCGCUGUUGCGGCAUGCGCUUAGCGCAAGCCGACGGUAGCGUUGAGGUCUACGACAAGUUUUAUGGCCGACAGUUGACCAAGGAAACAUUUGAGUCGCAGUGUUUACGCAAGUUCUUCUCUGUAGGCGAAGGCAGCUUGCGGCGUGAGGUGAUUGAGAGCUUGGCUGUCAAACUGGAUGCUCUCAUCUCAGACUUGAAGCGUUUGGAUGGGUUCCGUUUUUACUCGUGCUCCCUUUUGGUGGUCUACAACGGACGCGUCAACGACCUGCGCGCUGAGCUUCGCUUGAUCGACUUUGCCAAGACAAUUCACCCGGCAUCACCACUCUGGAAUGCCGACGUGCACAAGGGCUCGGACGCGGGUCAACUUUUUGGUCUCACCCAACUGCAUCGAAUGCUAACUCGACUCGUGUCCGAAUCCGAGGCUUAAAGAGCGGCACACGGCGCUUCAAAUGUUGAGCUGAAUUCAUGCACAACGCCUUGAUAGUAUGAGCUGCACUCGCAUUCACUGCUUUGCAAAUCGAUCAAUUGAAAGUCAACUUUC